AGGACGGCGUGGAUGGCUUGAAGAGGACCAUGGUGAAGCUGCAAGCUUUGAUGCGCCAUGCUGACCGGAGGGAGGGCCAGGAUGAAGGAGAGAGACGAGAGAUCAUGCGGGUUUGGAUGAAGGAUUUCAAGGCUGCAGCCUACGACAUUGAGGACUUGCUGGAUGAGUUCGACGCUAUUGAACUCAUUAAGCAGGACCAACCCAAGAUUAAGCUAUUCUUUUCAUCCUACAAUCCAUUCCUGUUGCGGUUUACAAUAGCUCACAAGAUGAAGAAGGUAAAGGAAGUUUUAACCAACAUAGAGAAAGAGGGUUGUCGAACCCUUGAUCUGGUGCCCCAAGAUACAUCAAUGUGGGCUGAUGAGGUGGCUAGAAAUCAAGCUACUAUUUCACCCACCAAUGGGGGCAUCGACAUUAUUAGAAUGGUAGGAAGGGAUACUGAAAAGAAAAAGUUAAUCAAAUUACUGAAAAGUGAAGCUGAUGAGGUUGUCUCAAUCAUUCCUAUUGUUGGACUUGGUGGCCUGGGAAGACAACACUAGCCCA